AUGCAGAGGAUGGCGGAUGGUCUUUCCAUCAAUCCGUCCACCAACGUCGUGCGUGGAAGUCAAACUACAGUAGGCAACCCUGUAAAUGCAAGUCCCAAUAAUUGCAAAGACCCAGCUAUCAGAACCCCCUAUCAGAGCUGUCACUGGCUGUUACAAGCCCCUGUGCAGGUGCCAGUACCUUCCCUUCUGGGACCGUUACACAAGACUCUUUCGACAGCUGCGACUGGACUACCUCUAGCAAAGGCACAUCCGGAACCGAUUUUCUCAACAUCUUCUCGAAGACGCCUUUUGAAGAUUGACAUGAACAGCCAGCCAUCCAUGCAGACCCUGUUGUGCGGCAAAAGGAGACAGGAAGGCGAAAUUAGGGCACAAAGGCAACUUUGA